UGUGCUCCGCUGCUCACAGCUUAAACUCAUCGUAUUACUUCCCCUCUGUUUGAGUGUAGUGUCCUUUUAGAUCUCUGGCCCACUCAUCAAGGGAUUUUGUCUAUUUUCAUUAAAGAAUUUUUAAUCAUCGGUACGGAAGAAGGUUUCAAACAUGACGUUGACCGGUAUCAACACUAUGGCAAGACCUUGUUACACCACUGGCUAUCCCUUUCAAGGUCAGGGCCGUGUUAAUCAGUUGGGCGGUGUCUUUAUCAACGGCCGGCCGUUGCCCAACCACAUCCGCUUGAAGAUCGUCGAACUGGCGGCGGCCGGAGUCCGUCCGUGCGUCAUCUCGCGACAAUUGCGCGUCUCCCACGGCUGCGUCUCCAAGAUCCUCAACCGCUACCAAGAGACGGGCAGCAUCCGCGCCGGAGUCGUCGGUGGAGCCAGACCGAAGCACAGCCUUCAGCCAGACAUCCAGCGCCGUAUCCAGUCUUACCGUAUGGAGAACCACGGCAUCUUUUCAUGGGAAAUCAGAGACAGAUUGAUCAAGGAGGGACUUUGCGAGCGUUCUACAGCCCCUUCGGUUAGUGCCAUAUCUCGUUACCUGCGCGACACUUCCGAGGAUAGCCACUCCAAUCACAAAUCAGAAGCCGCAGGUGUUACGAAUCUUGGAUAUGGAAUGAUGAGCCAUCAAGGUGAUGGAUCUUCUUCAUCGUCUCAUUCCGGCGAUGGAAUGGAUGACGGAGUCACAUCCGACUGCGAUUCGGAGCCGGGCAUCCCGCUGAAGCGCAAACAGCGCCGCCACCGCACUACCUUCACCGCCCAGCAGAUGGACGAAUUGGAGAAAGCUUUCGACCGUACUCAAUACCCCGAUGUUUACACUAGAGAAGAAUUGGCUCAACGCACUAAACUCACCGAAGCCAGAAUUCAAGUUUGGUUCAGCAACCGUCGCGCCCGAUUGCGUAAACAAAUGUCCACUUCUUCAGCCUCUUCCGGCAAUGGAUCUUCGUCACCUCCAUACGGCACCACGUCGUCCGCUCCUACGAACGCACCGAUGAAUGUCAACGGUCCAGCAAGCGGAAUGACUACGUCUACCAACGUUAACGCAACCACCAUGGGUUUGCCUACCGCUGCUUCGUCUCCUUAUCAUUAUCCGCACGAUACUAUCCAUCAUCACUCGAUGACCAGCAACGCAAUCGAAAUGCCGUCCACCGUCCAGCACCAACAGCAACUCUAUUCGGUUCCGCCCGCCUUUGGAGCUCCGGCUCCCGCUUCUUCGCCAUCGUUGCCGUCCGUUUCCAGCAAUCCUUACUCCACUUCUUUGACCUCCCAUCAUCAGAUGGCCAACACGAUGAUGAGCUAUCCGUACACCCCGCAAGAGAGUAGCACUUGGUUUCAGCAACAACAUCAGCAUCAGACAGCAGUAGUCCAGCAACAGGUGCAGCAACAAGCAUCGAUGAUGAUGCCAUCCGUUACUGCGCCGGCCGUUCCAGCGUUCAGCAGCAACAAUCGAAAUUCGAUGGCUCAUCCGCACGCCAUGUCUCAUCUGAACCAUUCAGCCUUUACCUCUAUGUACGGGUGGUAUUGAUCCUCCUUAAAAAAAAAAAGGAAUCCAUCACGAAAUGUUUGGAAUCAACAGCAUUCGUUUGUCAAUUGUUUUUAUGUAAUCACAUUUUUAUGUAAUCACAUUUUUCGGAUAUAGUCUUGAUUUGAGCACGAGAAAGGCACGGUCUUUGGCAGUCACUGUCGACUGAUCGUGAACAAUACGGCGCUACAGAAAAAACCUUUUCUUUUAUUUGCAUUUUAUUUUUGAAUGACGAUUUUCGAGACAGGCAUCUUGUUAGAUGGCGUCACGUUCGAUUGUUUUCUUUCAAAUUCUUUCAAGUGAAAAAGCAUUCAGUGUGCAGGAGAGACGAUAAAGUUCGUGGAAUUGCGCGAAAGUUCAUAAACAAAAAGGAGAUUUGCGUCUACGUUGAAAACAAAAUUUUUAUGUCGACCCUUCCCGUUUUUCGGGCACGCCCACCUGAUUUUUUUUUUUUUCAUCUUCUAAAUGAUUACCCUAACUUUUUGUUUUUUCUUUGUUGCAUUCAAGUUACCACCACUGGCAGUAUUUCAAAGUGUCUUAUUUAAUCUAACUCUUCAAACGCUCGUGAUAAAUCUCUCGUUUGCCUUGUGUUUCAUUGACUUCUCGGUGUGUCCUGAAAUUUGGGUGAUGACCAUUUUUUGAUAUUCUAUUAAAAAGCCUUAUUAUCUGAUCGAAUACUCUCGAAAUAGUUUAACAUUAUUUUUUUUAAGGCUUUCUGUAUCGCCGCCUUAAAUACUUCAGCAUUUCUUUCUGGAUUGAUUCACGAAUACAGACAUCU